GGUUUGGCUGAGAGAAUUCUCUCUGAAUAGCUGGUUAGAUGCUCCUUCAGUGUCUUUGCUGGUUCUUAGAAAGAAGACUCAAUAAUUUGAGUUUCUUAAAACUUAGAGGAGAUGCUAACUGGGGACUUCCUGUGUGUCUACUAUUUUUAAUAUAGGCUGUGAGAAUGUUGGGUAAUGAAUGCAGAAUUAAUUUCAAAUUCCUGAAUCAUUGUUCUGCUGUGGCAGAUGGGUUGGACCUUAUGAAACGUUCUGAGAUUCAAAGAACUACCACCAGCUUCAGAUAUGGUGAUAAUCUGAUUUUCUGCUGUGGGAAUUUUGGGUUGAUUUUUCUGUCUUAAACUUGAAACUUUGCUCCAGAGCUGUGACAAUUAAGGGAAUCGGGAGGUUUUAGGUGGACUUGGUAAAAUAGUUGUGUUAUUUUCUCCCUUUAACUUUGAGUGAAAUACCGCUCAUUUAUUUUUCUAAAGAAUGCACAUUUUAAAAUGUCUCUGAGGUAGCAUUGAUUACCUUUAAAAUGUUCUCCUUGGGGGCCAAAUAUCUUCACAUAAUGGCAUGUAAGAUCCAGGAAACCAUAUGUCUGCAUUGCUGGAACACCAAUCUUCAGGUACAAGGUGGGAAUGUUCAAUCAGAAAGGUAUCUUGCUCAUUUUCGUUUUAACAGCAUGCAAGCAUCAGGCCACUCCCCCGCCCCCCACAGUGAAGCUCAUUAGACCAAACAUUUAAGUAGUUCCAAAAUUAAUAAGCAUAAGAGAAUAUGAGCAGCUUAUAUGAAAUGGGGAGCUAAGUCAUAUCAUGAUGUAUCAAUGCCUCUAUGAGAACUCAAAAAGUCGAUCUGGAAAGUGACCAAGUUUAAAAUGCAGUAAACACCUAAGAACAAUAUUUACAAGGAGAUACUGCAAAAUCUUUUGUUGUUGUUUUUGUUCAUUUGUCUUCCAACAUGGCAUUUCUAUAGGGGGAAGCCAACCACAUUGGCUGUUAAUAUUUCCCUCAUGGCUCUUCCUUUCUCUAGCUUCUCAAGUCUGAGGGCAUUCAAGUCUGAAGUGCUUCCCCCCCCCCCCCUUUGGACAAGAUAAUGAUAAGCUUCAUGAGCAGAGCUUGGAGUGAGUCAGCUUCUGAAGAUAGAAAGUAGCCAGGAACUAGGAGCCAGGAGCCAGGAGCCAGGAGCCAGGCAUGCAUAUGAUGGAGAAUUCUUUGAGAAUGAGGCGAUAGUUUGAAGUCCAGAGGGCUGGACACUGAAAUUUCACUAUUUGUUUGCCAGUCAGUGUCAUUUGAAUCUGGUCUCUGACAAGAUUAGGUAAGAAUGGGGCACCUAAAACUGUAGCUGACAUGGAAAGCCAUUUCGUCAGGGGUUGUCGACCAUGUGUCAAGCUGUGUAAGGAAACUGCCUUGAGAUGGACACUCUGGACUGCUAAUGGGGACAUGGGACGGCAGUUACCUCUGAUCACUUGCGUGGAUUCUCCCGGAGCAGAACGACAGAAGCCGCCAGUCAUUCAUCCAGAUCUACAGCUGGAAUUCUGUGCUGAAGGGUCUAAAAACUCGUUUUAAUUUGGAUCUGGGAGAAUGUCUGAGCAAGGAGAACUGACCCCAACCAUACUGGAAGAAGGGCAGACUGAACCAGAGUCUGCCCCAGAAAAUGGCAUCCUCAAGUCAGAAAGCCUGGAUGAGGAGGAGAAGCUGGAGCUGCAGCGGCGACUGGCGGCUCAGAACCAAGAGAGGAGAAAAUCCAAGUCAGGAGCAGGCAAAGGGAAGCUGACCAGAAGCCUUGCUGUCUGUGAAGAGUCUACAGCUAGAUCUGGAGGGGAAAGUCACCAGGAUCAGGAAUCAAUUCACUUACAGCUUUCCAGUUUCCCCAGCCUGCAAGAGGAGGAUAAAUCUAGGAAGGAUGAUUCUGAGAGAGAAAAAGAAAAGGAUAAGAACAGAGAGAAACUCUCUGAGAGACCCAAGAUCAGAAUGUUAUCAAAAGAUUGCAGCCAAGAAUAUACAGAUUCUACAGGCAUAGACUUACAUGAGUUCCUAAUUAACACGCUGAAGAAUAAUUCCAGGGACAGGAUGAUACUCUUGAAAAUGGAGCAGGAAAUGAUUGAUUUCAUUGCUGACAGCAAUAACCACUAUAAAAAGUUCCCCCAGAUGUCAUCCUAUCAAAGGAUGCUGGUCCAUCGGGUGGCAGCGUACUUUGGAUUGGACCACAACGUGGAUCAAACUGGAAAAUCUGUCAUCAUUAACAAGACCAGCAGCACCAGGAUACCAGAGCAAAGGUUUUGUGAACAUUUAAAAGAUGAAAAAAGUGAAGAAUCCCAGAAGCGGUUUAUCUUGAAGCGAGAUAACUCUAGUAUUGAUAAAGAAGACAAUCAGCAGAACAGAAUGCACCCAUUUAGAGAUGACAGACGAAGUAAAUCAAUUGAAGAGAGAGAAGAGGAAUAUCAGAGAGUGAGGGAGAGAAUAUUUGCACAUGAUUCAGUUUGCUCCCAGGAAAGCCUAUUUUUGGACAACAGUAGGCUCCAGGAAGACAAGCACAUAUGCAAUGAGACCUAUAAGAAAAGACAGCUCUUUCGGGCUCACCGAGACAGCUCUGGAAGAACUUCCGGGAGCCGGCAGAGCAGCUCAGAGACUGAGCUCAGGUGGCCAGACCACCAGCGGGCUUGGAGCAGCACAGAUUCGGACAGUUCCAACCGCAAUCUCAAGCCCACCAUGACCAAGACAGCAAGUUUUGGGGGCAUCACGGUGCUGACCAGGGGCGACAGCACAUCCAGUACCAGGAGUGCUGGGAAACUGUCCAAAACAGGUUCUGAGUCUUCCAGCAGUGCAGGCUCCUCAGGAUCGCUGUCCCGCACCCAUCCGCAGAGCACGGCCCUGACCUCUAGUGUGGCAGCUGGUUCUCCUGGCUGUAUGGCCUAUUCCGAGAAUGGAAUGGGGGGCCAGGUUCCUCCCAGCAGCACCAGCUACAUCCUCCUCCCACUUGAAAGUGCGACUGGCAUCCCGCCCGGAAGCAUCCUUCUUAAUCCACACACAGGUCAGCCCUUUGUGAACCCAGACGGAACUCCUGCGAUAUACAACCCUCCUGGAAGUCAGCAGACGCUGCGUGGCGCUGUUGGUGGGCAGCCCCAGCAACCUCCACAGCAGCAACCAUCGCCUCAGCCUCAGCAGCAGGUCCAGGCAUCACAGCCCCAGAUGGCAGGGCCGCUGGUCACUCAGUCUGUCCAGAGCCUGCAGCCAUCUUCCCAGUCUGUGCAAUAUCCAGCGGUCUCCUUUCCUCCCCAGCAUCUCCUGCCUGUGUCGCCAACACAGCACUUCCCCCUGAGAGAAGAACUGGCUGCCCAGUUCAGCCAGCUGAGCAUGAGCCGGCAGUCCUCAGGAGACACUCCUGAACCUCCCUCUGGUACAGUCUACCCAGCCUCCCUCAUGCCACAAACAGCUCAGCCACCGAGUUAUGUCAUCACUUCUGCGGGCCAGCAGCUCUCCACAGGGGGCUUCUCCGACUCUGGCCCGCCCAUCUCCCAGCAGGUCCUGCAGGCCCCGCCCUCUCCCCAGGGAUUUGUACAGCAGCCUCCACCUGCGCAGAUGUCCGUAUAUUACUACCCAUCUGGUCAGUACCCUACCUCAACCACACAGCAGUACCGACCCCUCGCCUCAGUCCAGUACAGUGCUCAGCGGAGUCAGCAAAUACAGCAGACCGCACAGCAAGCAGGUUACCAGCCAGUCUUGUCUGGUCAGCAGGGCUUCCAAGGCCUGAUGGGAGUACAGCAGUCAGCACACAGCCAGGGUGUGAUGAACGGUCAGCAAGGAGCCCCGGUGCAUGGUGUGAUGGUCUCUUACCCAACCAUGUCUUCUUAUCAGGUGCCAAUGACCCAAGGUUCUCAAGCAGUGCCCCAGCAGACAUACCAACCGCCAAUCAUGCUGCCCAGUCAGGCAGGCCAAGGGUCACUCCCAGCCACCGGAAUGCCUGUGUACUGUAACGUCACACCGCCAACCCCUCAGAACAACCUAAGGUUGAUGGGUCCACACUGCCCCUCCAGCACAGUUCCCGUCAUGUCCGCUAGUUGCAGAACAAACUGUGGGAACGUGAGCAACGCAGGCUGGCAGGUCAAGUUCUGAGAGCUCAGGCUGCCUGCCGUCCACUUCAUCAGAUGUUAACUCACAGCCUUCAAAGGAAGAGGAGACUGACGACUGGCUGAGGACUUCCAUAUACACUCAACGUGCAAACGAUUGCUGCUGGUAUUCUGUACAAACUAAUCAAAGACUAAUACACACAUUAGCUGGUUUAUGGUGCAUAUUUCCGUCAUGUCUGCUAGGUAUGCCGUUCUAGCUUAGCUAGUGACAUGAACUCAUCAAGGUAAGAUUUUCUCCUACCACUGAAUACCACUGUGUAGAUUACAAUAUCCCUGAUUCGGAUUAGUUUUGUACUUCGUGUUGAGUUUGUGAUGCUAAAAGUAUUUAAAAAUAUAUAUAAACUAAAUCACACGGUACCAAAGCUGAAAUGGAAAAAGGAAAGAGUUAAGGAAUGGAAGGAAUAAUUUAUAUACACUAUAGAGUUUUCUUUUUUAAAUGGAUAUAUAUGGUAUUGUAGUGUUUAAUCCAAAUAAAAGCUUAUUUGACCUUACGGAGGAAGGUCAUGUUUUUACCACCAGUUUGUUUCCGUCUCUCUUUCCGUGUGCUGUUUACCUAUUUUGUUAAUGGUUUCAUUAGCAGAUAGAUGUUAAUUUUACAGAAUAACAUUUUCAUACUUGUAUAGCAUGCAUUUCGAUCACAUUAAAACUCAGUGUCUCCUCAAACGCUCCUCGAUACCCUCCCUCUUCUCAGUUAGCUCCACUGCCUCCACACACUGUCUGUCUGUCUGUCUUUAAUGAAUCAAUGAGGGUUUUUUUGGGGGUUGGGAUAGGGAGGCUUUAUUUGACUUACACUUCAAUAUUGUGGCUUGUCACCAAUGGAGGUCAGGACAGGAACGCAAACAAGGCUGGAACCUGGAGGCAGGAGCCCUUGGAGGGGUGUUUCUUACUGACUUGCUCUGAAUCAAUGAGUUUCACUAGGGCUUUUUACAGAAGCAAGGACAGGGGAUUGUUUAAAGGAGCUUGUACAAUUACCCUCUUAGAGAGGAAGUGUCUUUAUCCCCCAUCAACCAUUAACUACCUAUAAGUCCUCAGAGAGGGGCAGGGAUUCAUAAACCUCCCCUUCCCAUGACAGGAUGUUGACAGAUUCCAUUUUGUGUAGGUAACUGAAGAUGCUGUGAGCUCAGUCAGGCCACUCUGUAUCAGGUCUAGAAGAUAGUGUUCCAAGAAAGUCUGCCUCUUCCGCCAUCUCUUACAUUCUCUCCAUCCCUUCCCCCACAAUGGUCCCUGUGUCUUGGAGGGAUCAUAUAGAAAUCUAAUUUUGGCUGAACAUUUGCUAUGAGUUUGUGCUCUACUAGUGUCCAUGUUGUUCUUUCUUGGAGUCACCUCAUGGAUGCUAUAUGGAAAAGUGGUUCCCAGGCAUUUUGAGUUGACUAACAUCUCUCUGAGAGAUGCUAUAAGCAAAUAUUAGUAUCAAGAAUAAGCCCUCAUCUUGAUAGCAUCAUAAGGGCCAUGAA